AUGGUGGCAUUUGCUGUGAUAGUCCUGGUGUUCCUACCUCAACUGGCAUGCAAGCUUCCUGAUUCUAAGUGUUCUGUGGGUGACCCUGUUCCUAUUUUUCACAAGUCUUUUCAGUCAGGGGACUUCAUCAUUGCAGGCAUUAUUUCUCAGAUUUAUAUCUUUUCUGAGCCCAUAACAUUUGGAAGACAUCCCUCUCAGGAACUCUUUGAUGAUAUUGACUAUUUCAGUCCAAGCAGGAUCUAUCAAGCAUCAAUAGAGUUUUUAUCUACAAAGGACAGGGUCACCCCUAACUACAAGUGUGAUGGAAAGAGAACUCUGGCAGCCGUCAUAGGAGGCCCUACUUCUGACAUAGAUCUCCACAUGGCAAAUGUGUUCAACAUCUACAAGAUUCCACAGCUGACCUAUGGAACUGCUUCAUUGGUGACUGAGAAAAGCCUGUCUCCUUUUUCCCACUGGAUGUUCCCAAAUGUGGCCCAUCAAUAUAAGGGCAUUCUUCACUUACUUUUGCACUUCAGAUGGACGUGGAUCGGAUUAUUUUAUCUGGCUGUUGAAAAUGUAGAACAAUUCCUACAGAAUGUCAUUUCUUCUUUUUCCCAAAGUGGUGUCUGCUUUGAGUUCUUACAAAUAUUACAAGCGAUAAGUUUUUCUGAUGGUUUCGCUGGACUUUUGGAAAAGGGACUAGAAACGUACAAGAUUGGUAUGGGAAGCUCUGCUACUGCACUAGUUAUACAUGGUGAAAUUCAGACAGUCAUGAGCAUGAGGACAGUGCACCAGGUUGCAGAAUGUGAGGAUAACCCAGUUAAAACAAAAGGCAAAGUCUGGAUUAUGACAGCUCAGAUGGAUUUUGUAUCACUUCCCUACCAAAGAAACUGGGACAUAGACAUCAUCAUUCAUGGAGCUAUAGCCUUUGCUAUUCACUCAGUUGAGGUGUUGGGAUUCUAUAGAUUCCUUCAUAUGAGAAAUCCUACUUUGGUGAUAGAAGAUGCUUUUAUUAAGGCCUUCUGGCAACAGGCAUUUCAGUGUUCAUUUCCCGGUUUCAUAGCAGUGAGCAAGGAUGGACCACUCUGCACUGGUGAGGAGAAGUUGGAGACUCUUCCUGCAUCUGUCUUUGAAAUGGGGAUGACUGGCCAUAGCUACAGCAUCUACAAUGCUGUCUAUUCUGUAGCACAUGCUUUGCAUGACUUGCAUGUAUCCCAGUUCAGACAGAGAUGGAUGUCUGACAAAGGAAGAAGGCAGCUUCUGAAUCAACAAUUGUGGCAGCUUCAUAAAUUUCUGAGAGCUGUGUCCUUUAACAACAGUGCUUGGGAACACAUUGCCUUUGACCGAAAUGGGGAAUUAAUGAGUGGAUUUGAUGUUCUGAACUGGGUGACAUUCCCAAAUCAGUCCUUCGUGAGACUCAAAGUUGGAAGGAUAGAUCCAAACAUUCACUCAGAGAACCUGUUCACCAUUCAUGAGGAGGCCAUUGUAUGGCCCAGCAAGUUCAACCAGACACAACCACUUUCUCGGUGCAAUGACAACUGCCAUUCUGGCUUCAGUAGAAGAAAGAAGGAAGGGAAGCCAUUUUGCUGCUAUGAUUGCCUUCCAUGUCCUGUAGGGAAGAUUUCAAAUAAGGAAGAUAUGGAUGAUUGUUUUCCAUGUGCAGAAGAUCACUAUCCAAAUAAUGAGAAGAAUCAAUGCCUUCCAAAAGGUAUAAGCUACUUGUCAUAUGAAGAACCAUUGGGGAUCAGUCUGGUCAUUUUUGCUCUUUCCUUUUUGUUCAUCACACUUUCGGUGCUCAGGAUCUUCAUUACGCACCUGGACACUCCCAUAGUCAAAGCCAACAACCGGAAUCUGACCUACUCUCUCCUCAUCUCUCUCACACUCUCUUUCCUUUGUGCUUUGCUAUUCAUUGGUCACCCAAGUAAGGUGACCUGUCUCCUUCGGCAAAUGACAUUUGGCAUCAUUUUCUCAGUGGCUGUUUCUUGCGUCUUGGCCAAAACUAUCACUGUAGUUCUGGCUUUCAUGACCACCAAGCCAGGGUCCAGGAUGAGAAAAUGGAUGGGGAAUCAACUGACCAUCUUCAUUGUUCUUUUCAGCUCUCUUAUACAAGCUGUUAUAUGUACUGUCUGGCUGGCAACAAGUCCACCAUUCCCAGAUUUUGACACACACUCAGCUAUUGAAGCAAUUGUAGUGGAAUGUAAUGAAGGGUCAGUCACCAUGUUUUACUGUGUCUUGGGCUUCCUGGGCUUCCUGGCCAUUGUCAGCUUCACUGUGGCUUUCCUAGCCAGAAAGUUACCUGACAGUUUUAAUGAAGCCAAAUUCAUUACUUUCAGCAUGUUGGUUUUUUGCAGUGUUUGGCUGUCCUUUGUCCCAACCUAUUUGAGCACCAAGGGAAAAUACAUGGUGGCUGUGGAGAUCUUCUCUAUUUUGGCCUCCAGUGCUGGGUUACUAGGCUGUAUCUUUUCCCCCAAAUGCUAUAUAAUUUUGCUGAGGCCAGAUUUGAAUAGCAAAGAGAAGAUAAUAUGCAGAAAGCACUGA